AUGGCAUUUGCCAGCACACAAACAAAUCUGGAGAGCUUUCUUCAGGACAUGGGGUUGAAGCAACACCUCACUGAUAAACUCUCACUGAGUACUGUACUACAGAUAGACAAGAGCACAGAUGCCCAAGCUCAGUCUAGAUCAUAUUUACCAUGGUAUUUUCUCAAGAAAAUCAUGAUGGUAAAUGUGACUGCAAGAAGUGUAAAGUCUUCUUCAUUAACUAAUAAGAAUGAAAACAAUGUUAAUCCUUUAGACAUGAUAACUGCACUGUUCCUUUGCUCAGACAGUUUUCUUCAACAAGAGAUUGCAUUGAAAAUGUCUAUGUGCCAAUUCUCCGUGCCUUUACUGCUUCCUAAUUGUGACACACAGCAGAGCAUGCUGAUGCUUUGGGCCUUAAGAGAUAUUGUGAAGAAGUUUAGACCACACUCCUUGUCUAAUCAAAGGGGUUUUGUGGAAGACAGGAUUGUUCUAGCUGACUUACCCUUAGUGUCCUUUGUAAGACUUGGAGACUGCAGCAUGUCAAAAUCUCAAAUCUUGAACAAGUUGCUCAGUAAUCCACAGCAAUAUCAUGACACAUUUGUCCACCAUAACAUGGACUGUGGAGACAUCCCAAGAAAAAUAUCAAAUGGUUUGGUGGAGAUCAGCUGGUACCUACCUUGUGGAAGUAAAAACAUUGACAUCUUCCCAGAACCUGUGGCUUUUGCAAACUUGAGAGGUGACAUAGGUACAUUUGAAACUCAGUACUCAUUCCUUUGUCAGAUUUCUACAGCAGUUUUUGUAUUCAUUGAUAAUUUUGAGGCAAACUAUCAGCUACUGACCAAUAGGCAUGAAAAAACACAGUUGUUUUUGGUGAGUAAUGUAAACACCAAAACCUUCAAUCUGGAUUUGUUAAAAAAAACAGCUACUGCAUUGAACUUGAAUAUACGCAGCAUAAUUCUUAAGAAUAAACAAAACGAUGCAGAUUUUGUUAAGAAUCUGACAUCUGCAGUGAGUGAUGUUGUUGAAAAUUGUUCUAAAAAAAAAAAAAGUUCUAUGACUGUACAAUUUGAAAAGAUGACUACAGUUGCACAUGAAUUAGGGAUUUUGAUUGAUGAAGACAGAAAGGAGUGCCAAAACGCAAAAGAAAAUGCAAAUGCAAUAACUAGCAAAAUACAGGACACACUAAAAUUUAAAAAACAACAGCUCCCUUUACAAGGUGAGAUCUGGAAGGAACUGGGACAAUUAGAGAAAGAAAUGUGUAGGCUUCGUAAAGCUGGGGAUAAGAAUAUUGAGAUUUAUAAAAGUGAACUGAAGGACCAGAUGAUGAAACUAAGAGAGCAGCAAAGCAGAUAUGAAAUGUCAGAAGCCAUGUCCUGCUUCAUAACUGCAUUGUCAAGUUCAAGUCUUGAACGAUCCUUCUUCCUGAAAUGGAUGCGAAUGAAUCUGGACAAUCUGUCUCGUGAAAAACUAUCUGGCCUUCGAGAACUGUACAAAAAGAAAUGUCAAGAAUCAUCUGAGAAGAAGGAGGAGAUUGCACAACUUGACAGAGACAUUUCAAAAAGUGCAUUAGGAACCGAACACUUUUUGAGGGAAAUGGGUCAACUGUAUGAAGCUGCUGUCACCCUUUCAGAAAAUAAACAAUCACGACAACAGAUGCUACACUUACCCAAAUUGUGUGCUGAGCUCCUUUUAGAUGGAUUUCCUCUUGAACUAGUUGAUGGAGAUGCUUCAAAUAUACCUCUAAGGUGGAUUAGUGAUGUACUGAAGGAGUUAAAUACUUUAGUGCAACCCAAGAAUAAGAUCAUGGUCGUCACAGUUUUAGGAGUCCAGAGCACAGGAAAGUCGACUCUGCUAAACACCAUGUUUGGAGUUCAGUUUGCAGUCAGCAGUGGAAGAUGCACAAGAGGAGCUUUUAUGUUGCUUAUCAAAAUCACAGACAAUUUUAGAAAAGUUUUGAACUGUGAUCAUUUAGUGAUCAUUGACACUGAGGGACUGAAAUCACCUGAGCUGGCACAGCUCGACGACAGCUAUGAACAUGACAACGAAUUGGCCACACUUGUUGUUGGACUGAGUGACAUUACUAUUGUCAACAUUGCCAUGGAGAACUCCACAGAAAUGAAGGACAUUCUGCAGAUUGUGGUACAUGCAUUCCUCAGGAUGAAGGAAGUGGGCAGAAAACCCAUGUGUGCAUUUGUGCAUCAGAAUGUAGCUGAUGUCUCAGCACAUGACAAAAACAUGAGAGACAGGAAGCUUCUGUUAGAGCAGCUGAAUGAGAUGACUGAGGCAGCAGCCAAGAUGGAAAACAAGGAAGACUACAAGAAGUUUACUGAUGUAAUGGAGUAUGAUCCAGAGACUGGUAACUGGUAUAUACCUGGGCUCUGGCAUGGUAACCCACCAAUGGCACCAGUGAAUGCUGGCUACUCUGAGGCUGUCUAUGACUUCAAAACAAACAUGAUGGACAUUCUUGUCAAAAAGAAAAUAUCUACAAACAACAUUGAAGAAUUUUUGGAGUGGACAAAGAGCUUAUGGAAUGCAGUAAAAUAUGAAAAUUUCAUAUUCAGUUUUAGGAACAGCUUGGUAGCUGAUGCGUACAUGAAGCUGUGCACUGAAUUCCAAAAAUGGGAAUGGUCUUUCAAAAAGCACAUGUACACAUGGUUAACAUCUGCUGAGACCAGAGUGGCCAAUUUUGAGAUGAUGAAAUCAAAACUUGACAAGACAAACCUGCAAGAUUUCUUGAGCAUCCUGAAAGACGAGGCCUCCUUAGAGCUUGAGAAACAGGAAAAAGUAAUUUUGGAAAACCUUGUCAAAUACUUUAAACAAACAGAAGGUCAUGUCUAUCUCGUGGAAAAGUACAGAGAAGACUUUUUUACCAGUGCAAAAUCUCUCAGAAAGGAAACAGAGAACUCUGUGCGGAAUACACUAGAGGCUGCUGUUGAGAUCAGGACAGGGAAGAACAAACUGGACAACAUCAAGAAAACACAUACUGACAAAAUGGAAAAAAAAGUGCUUAAUCUUCUGGAGGAGCUCAGGAAAGAAAAAAGUUCAGAAAGUAUGUCUGAAAAACAGCUCACUAAAAACUUUGAAACCAUGUGGAAGGAAACUGUAAAUGAACUUGAUUUUAAAAGCUUGGGUAGACGAAUCAUAUCUGACAGUGUUUUUAGCCACUUACGAAUGAACAUGAAUCAGAAGGGAGGCUCCGUCUCCAAAGAGUUAAAUAAAGUGAAUCUGAAUCAAUAUAACAAAGGCAAUUUUAUUGUGACACCUGAGAGUUUUCUGCAAAGGAUUUUCUACAAGGACUAUACUAACAAUCUUCAAGAGUUCGCAAACAGUGUGAUUAAUGUAUGUAUGCAGUCAAUUAAUGACAAAAAAGAGAGAAAAUCAGAUUUUCAUGUCACCUACAUUCAGGAGAUCCUACAUAUAAUUGAUGACAAAUUGACUUCAAGCAAGAAUUUGAAAUUUUCUGACAACUUUGAACUCUCGCUUAAAGUGCACAUUUGUGCUAUUUCUGCAAGAGAAUUCCAGGUCAUGCAUGACCGCUUUAUUGAAGAGAAUGACCCACUGCGGAGCCUUGAGCAAUUCAAAGAGAAGUACUGUGCUGAUUUUAAAGAUCUGUUCAAUAAUCGUGAUCAGUGUCAGAGAAAGGCUGAAGAAUUCACAAACCUCUGCCUGAGCCCUGCAGUUGAGACAUUCAUUUUUAGCUCCCUGGGACAAGACAUUGUUGACAAAAUGCUGCUAGGAGACAAUGGAUUUCAAUUCAGCACUCGAACCUUUUUCCAGUACUCAAUUUUGAAACAACUUCUGAAAGAGUGGGAUUUUCAGAACUACGUAGCUUACAUACGAUCAUAUGAAAACUUUGUCAAACGCUGGAUACUAAAACAAAUUACAGACAGAUUUUCCAAGGGAAACACACUGUUUGAGCUGGAACAGAAACAUCUCAACGGAGCUAUUGUAGAGAUAAAAGACGGCCUUAAAAAAGCACAACACAGGACAGAUAAAACUGAAAGCAUAAAGGGAUUUAUCCAGAAUGUUUGCAGAGAGCUUGGAGGAAAACUUGUCAUUCCAAACGAUGCAUUGGAAGCAGUCAUGGUUUUAAGUAAUGCCAAACAGGAUCAAUUUGCUCACUUCCUCACACAGUCUGUAGAGGAAAUGGAAGAAUUACUGAAGACUAAAUUGAGGAGGGGAAGCAUUCGAAGCAAACUCGAAAUUCUCAAAAUCAAACCACAGGAUGAGCUUUUCAAGCGUGUGUUUGGUUGUGGGAAACAGUGUCCAUUCUGCAAAGCACCAUGUGAGGCAGGAGGAGAAGCUCAUUCAUCUCACCGUGCUUCUGUACACAGACCUCAAGGACUUGGUAGAUACACGUAUAAGUGCUCAGCAAAACUAGUCACUAACAUUUGCUCCACUGAUGUAAACACUGAAGCAAGGUUCAGAUGCCUGGAGACCCAACAUAAUUGGCAUCCUUACAAGAAAUACAGGGAGAUCUUUCCAGAUUGGCACAUCCCGGCUGAUCCCAGCAUAGAGGCCUCAGACUACUGGAAAUAUGUGAUGGCCAACUUUAAUGAGCAGUUUGCAGAAGCAUACAAUGCCAAGCCUGCAGAUAUUCCCCCAGUGUGGAAAACAAUCACAAAGAAACAAGCAAAAGAUAGUCUGAAGGAGUGUUUUAGUAUCAAAUAA